AUGAGUACAGGUGACGACAAUACAAAUAUGUCAACACCUCAGUCAAUAAUCAAUGGUGAAACUCGUAUGAAUGAAAGUGGAAACAAUAAUAAUAAUACUGGUUCAACGGAACUCGCUUAUUUACCUAUUGGAUGUUCAGUUAGUGCGAAAUAUCGUGGUGCAUUUUGUGAAGCGGUUGUUAAAAAUGUUGAUAAACAAGUUAAAUUAAAGGUAUCCAUUUGCGAUAGUGGAGAACAAAUGAGUAUCAAUGAAGAACAAGUAAUUGCUGGCACAUUAAAAAUUGGUAAUACUGUAACGAUAAAAACAGCAGGAACAGCAAAUCGUCGUACAUCAAACGAUUCAAAUUCAAGUAAUCAUAAUCAUCGUACAAAUACGGCGCACUACGGAGAGGAAAAACAAGCAAUAAUUAAACAAAUAAAUGAUAAUAGUUUAUAUACUGUGGUGUUUGAUGAUGGCGAUGAAAAAUCUUUAAGACGUUCGUCAUUAUGCGUACAAGGUAUACGUCUCUAUUCGUCACAACAAACAACUCAUCAUCAAAAGAAGGCACUGAGUGAAAUACCAGAAACAACGUUUACCACAUCAGCACCAAGUGCUCCACUUUCUACUGAUAGUUCUAUUACAACUUCGAGAGUGAUUCAACCCGAGACAAUUGUUGCUGUAUGUCGAAAACCAAUAACAACAACAGGAACACAGACACAACAAAUUUGUUUUCCUGGUUUAGUCUUGAAACGUAAAGCAUUAGCUGAUUAUGUAUGGGUAAAAAGUUUUUUAAAUGGACGAGAAUACGUAAUUACCCGUGAUGAAAUACACAAAUAUCAUAAUAAUAAUGAUAUACAGAAUUCAAUACGUGCAGUAUCAAAACAAGCAUUUAAUGCAUGUGAAAAAUAUUUAAAACAUGGCAUAAUUCCAAAAAUAUGGACAGAUAAGAGAAAAUCGUCGAAAAAUGAUGAACAAAAUCUAAUGAAUAAUUUGAGUGAUGAUGAUGAAAAUGAUAGUGAAUCAGAAGAAGAUAGUCAAUCAGAUGAUGAUGAAACGGUGGAACAAAAAGAUUCAUUUGUUGCACAAUUAUUUGCAUUUAUGGAUGAUAGAGGAACUCCUAUCAACAACAUACCAAAAGUGAGUAAUUAUGAUCUGGAUUUACAUCGACUAUUCAAAGUUGUACGUAUAAUGGGUGGUUACAACAAAGUAACAAAGAAUGAGAGAUGGCGCCGUGUACAUAUCAAAAUGGGUUUGUCCUUAACUGGAGCAAAUAAUGGCCAUUUAAUUGAAAGUGCCUAUAAAAAAUAUCUUCUCUCGUACGAAGAAAUAUUGAAAAAAUUAGGUUCGAUGAAUGGACAGAACACUUACAUGGGUGUAAGAUCAUCUUUAGGCGGUGAAUCAAGACGCAGUUUAAUGCGUGUACGUGUACAAGAGAAGCCAGCACCAAUCAAAAAAAGAGCUCGUAAAAGUAGUACAGCAACAAAUGAUUCAUCAUCCACACCUCAUCGGAAUCGCGGUUCAGAAUCAACGGAAAAAAGAUCACCAUCACCGAGCACGAAUGUCUCGUCAAAAAAGAAGAAACAACGAAAAUCUCCUAGUGAUAACGAUCAGAAUGAAGAUAGCGAUGUAGACAAACCAAGUAAAACAAAAAGAACAACGGUUCGUCGAAAAACGAAAGCAAAAUCAAAAUUGCUUUCGUCUUCAUCUUCCUCUACCUCUUCAUCUGGCUCGUCCGAUUCAUCAUCUGACCGUUCUAACGAAUCACAAGAAACAAAACGUCGAUAUACGAAAAAAAAGAAAACAAUCAAUCAUGGAUUGAUACCGAAACAAGAACAAGAAGUAUUAUCGAAAAAAGUCUUGAUCUCAUCAACAACGAGUGCAAAAAAGAUGCCAACCACAACAUUAAAACAGGCAUUGACAAAAAUUAUCACAAAACCUAUUAGCGAGACAACGAAAAAGCUCCAAAUGCCCUUAGUUAAAAAACCAGCAGUAACUAAUGAACCGAUCAAGCACAAAUCAAAAGAUAAUAUUCAAACCAAAGGUGAAUUAAAAACAAAACUAGAAAGAAAAAGUUCACAUGAUGUAAUAACAACAUCUAAAAAGACCUCGUUGCCGGCAAAUACAAUAGUAAAAAGUGAAAAAGGAAAUGUGAAUAAUCAAAAAAUAACGGGAAAAACAGCUACAACAAGUUCAGCAAAUGUUUCAAAACAGAAAAUACCGGUAGAUCAACAUAUUCUCAUUAAAAAGCAGCAACAACAGACUAAUUCAGGUAAACAACUGCAACCAUCAAAACCGAUCAAUGAACAUUCCAAAACAACAAUCGUCUCGACUACGAAACAACAAAACACAAAUAAUAAAAUCAAAUUCCCAACAAAAUUAACAGUAUCAAAAAAUAAAUUAAUGACAGACAAAAGUGACAGUACAGACGGACCUUUAUCAAAGAUAUCCUCAGCCUCUCGUCCUAUCUCUGUAUCUUCGUCUGAUCAUGGUACCAUUAAACAUUCGUCUGAACAAAAAAAAAUACUGAAAAAUACACCUAGUUCAACUAAAGUACAACAACAACAACAUCAGAAUCGAUCAAAUAUUAAUCAAUCUUUAUCAUCAAAGAAGAUGAAACCAUCGACAGUAAACAAGGAUACGAGUAAAACUGAUAAAACAUCGUUAUCCAAAGAUCAAAAAUCGUCCAUAAAAGCAACAAAUCGAUCAAAUGAUGAACGAAAACAUAAACUUUCCAAUACGACAGAUUCAAAAUUAAUUCCUUCAACCGGUGUUAUAGAUAAAAAGAAGGAUGAGCAGGUGAAACUGACAAAUGCUCAAGAACGUGUAUCAAGAAUUAACUUACAAGAGAAAAUAAAAACAAAUUCAAAUACGACGAAUGUAUCAAAAAUUAAAUCAGCGAAUGAUUCUCGGAAGCAAAAUGAACACCACGAGAUAUGGGAUAAAAAAUCGAUGAAAAAAUCAAGAACAACAUCUUCGUCUUCUCCAUCAGAUAUUGAAAUAGCAAAAAUUAAUAAUAAUUUACCAUCUGAAAGUAAAAUAUUUUGCAACAAAAAUUCCAACAAUAAUGAAUUAAAACAAGUGCAAGAAACAGAAAUUAUUCAAAUAAGUCCAACGUCGCCUUCUCCACCACCGUUACAAGAACAACAAAUAGGACCACCAACAUUGAGUUUUAAUACAAAUUUCUAUUAUGAUGAUGAACAACCCAACGAAAAUCCUCAUCAUCAUUAUACGCCGCCAUUCUCAACAAAUUUAUCCUAUACGACAGGUACUGUUCUUCUACCACCACUCACAAUGUCUGUCGCACAUAUACCUACUAAGUCCUAUCCUGCUGAAAGUUUCAUUGAAGAAACGAUACCAGAUCAAUUAACAAUUCCAGCUACAACAACAUCCGAUCAGCCUCUGUUGACAAAGAGCCACAUUGAUGCCUAUAAUUUUGAUGAAAAUGACAAUAAUGACGAUCAGCUAGAAUCAAAGAAACGUCGUUAUAACAGCAUUGAAAAUAAUAUUGAUAGCCCAGAUUUACUCUACGUGUCGUCUUCUUCAAGUUGUCAUGAUGAAAAUAUCGUUGUUAUAUCAUCAUCUGAAGUAUCGGUCGAUGAUCAACAACAACCGCCCUCAAAACGGGCAAGACGUUCGAUGUCAUCACAAGAAAGUGGAGAUACAUUAAGCAGUAGUACAAGUAGUAUACAUAAACAUCCGAUGAAUCAGUCAACGAAACUAUCGUCAAGCAAACACGAGUAUUUCAGUAACUAUUCAGAUACACCAGCAAAUGCCAAUGCAAGUGGUAUUCUUGAUAUGACUGAUAUAAAUCGACCAGGUGGAAUGUCAUUCAGCGAUAUUAAAGUAAAUGAUAUAUUACGUGUAUGUUGGGGAGUUAAUUUGUACAUAGCAAGAUGUAUGGAAAAAAAUGAAAAAACUGGAAAAUUGUCUGUUCAUUAUAAUGGCUGGAACUCAAGGUACGACGAAUGGAUAUCACCACAUCAAGUUGUUGAAUUAUGUGAUCAAAGUGUAUGGCCUAUUCGUCGUCGUCGUACAAGUCAAGUGAAUACACUCAACACGACACGUCAAUCAUCAUUUGUCGAUUCAUCUUCAUCAUCUUCAACACCAGCAAUGGUUGAUAUAAAUUCAUCAACAAUGGCAACACUAAUGGCUAUGGACGAAAAACAAAUGGAUGUUAAAAAUGAUAUUAUCAAAUUAUGUAAUAUUGAACAACAUGAAGAACAACUAGGUCAUUUUCAUUCUCUGGAAGAAGUGACGAAAGAAAAACCAGUCAACAGUUCACUACCCGUGAUAUCAAUAUUAUCCAUUCCAGUAUCUUCUUCGAUUUCUUCAACAUCGUAUAAACCAGAUGAGGAAGAAGACUAUGACGAAGACCGUUUCAGUGAUGUUUCUUCAAUAACAAUAACCGAAGCAAACACAAACAUAAGUGAACAAAAAUUUAUUGGACAUGAUCUACCAAAUAAUGAGUUGGAAGACAGCAAUUUAUAUCGAAUGGAACAAAAACAGUCAUAUAAAGAUGAAACUAGGCGGCGAACAAUAUCCAAUGACGCUAACAAUAUCCAAUAUCUAAUUGAAGCAGAUGAACUUGAAAACGAUACCAAUAAUGAAGAGGAGCAACAACAACAACAACAGCAACGGCGUCUAUCGGUUUCGAAAGAAAUAGAGAAUGAUGUACCUCUAGUAGCAAAUAAGAAAACUGAUCAUCAUGAACAACGACGACAGUCUGCUAUUUCAGCAACGGUUAUCACCACACCUAUCAAGCAAGAACCAGUUGCUAAAGUAGAACCAGAUUAUGAGAAUAAUUUGUUCAAAAUUAUUACACGCAUCGAAACCUUUGACAGUCAUGAAAUACCAUUACAUGUCAAAGAAGAAACGAUUGAUCCUCUAAAUAUGGAAAUUUGCAAUCCCAUAGAGCAACAGUCUAUGGUGAUAUCAAUACAAGAAGCAAAACAACAACACGAUGAAGGACUGCUAUUAAAGCAAUCGCCGUUACAACCGAUACAAAGUCCUGUUUCUACCACUCCAACGGCUACCAGUUCUCGACGUUCAUCUGUUCGCCAGAAAAAUCGUCGCUCGUUAAGAGAAUCAGUUACGAACAGUUCUAAUCAUAAUAAUAGCAAUUCAAAGAGAAAGUCAAAAGUCGAUAGUGUAACAAUAUUAUCAAAUCAAAAUGAUAACAGAGAACGAAAACGUCUUAAUUCAACUACCGACAGUUAUGAGCAAGGUACAAAUAAUUUAUCUUCAUCUUAUUCAAUAACUGGACUAUUUGAAAUAAAUGAUGCGAGAGAUGAACGCUCUAAACGUUAUCGGUCAAAUGGACGACGUAGUAGAAAAGUAGUCAAUCAACAUGAUUAUGAAAAUGAUGAUUUUCUAUCAAAUUCACCAGCAAAUAAUACCAUUCGUCAACAACUAGAAGAAAUGUUUAAAAAUUGUCCUAGCAGAUAUAAUUUUGUUGAGCUGAAUAAUAAUCUUGAUGGUGAAGAACGUUUACAACAUAUUAAAGAUAAAAUGCGUGAAUGUCAAAAAGUAUUUUUCAAUUUAAGAAAUGCUUUAACAAAAGUUGAAAGUCAACGAAAAAUGUUUGUUAAAAAAAUGGUACAAAAAACAACUGUACGUUCAACUGUAACAUCCUCAGAUGUAGUAUCAACCGAUGAUCAAAGUCUCGUGUCUAAUAAUAAUAUGGAUAAUAAUGGUACAAAUAAUGGUGAUGCAGUGAUGCAACAAUCUAUUUCUACAAAUAACUAA